AUGGAAGGGUACAGCAAGCUCGCAAGCCUCAUGGGUGAUGCCCGCACGGAUGGACACUUCCUGAUAUUCCAAAAGUUUGAGUCAAUUAGCGCGCAAAACUUACUCUACCUUCAAGCUGAAAUCACCAAUCUCAAGGAAAGCAUCGACAAGAUAGCUCAGAUUGACUCUGAGAAUCCAGAGAGGAAAGAUUUUGCCGUCGACUGGGAAACGCUCAGCUCCUCAACGGAUAGUAUCCAAUAUGAGAAAUGGCUCGAGCUUCGCCGGAAACUCAAGGAAUACUAUAAAGCAAUUGCGCACCACAUGAUGAUCACUGGGCUUCCAGCACCACGCAAAUACGACCUCGACUUCCUCCAGAAAUGGCUCGAGCGUCCUAGCUUAGGGAACUCUGCAUUCAUCGGCGCAGACUGCGACGUGUACGAUAAGCCCGCGGGGCUUGGGACGUUGGCUGCAGGAGGGGGACAAGUUGAUGCGAUGACAAGACUGCUUCUCAACGUGCUGCCAAAUCUUUACCACUGGGGAGUUGUCCACCCUCUGCACAGAAUCUGCGGUGAAUGGAUAAAGAAACCAGAAAGCCAUCGAAACUGCGGACCGUCACCCCAACCAGAAUCCACCUCCGGCACCGAGGAAGAUCGCAAGUCCUGUCAAGACGUCUCAGUCACAUCAACUACCUCAUUAGAUAACUCGCCAACACUCCGGCCCAGCACAGAAAGUACCUCAGACGAAUCAUCUUUCGAUAUCGAAGCCAACAUAUUCCUUUACCGCGACACACACUUUCAUCGCGUUGCUACAAUCCUCGGCACGCUGGUGUCUUCCUUGAUACCUAUAGCAGCAAUUAUAGUGCUUUCAUUUGUGAGGGAUAUGACCGCGAGACUGGGUGCUGUGUGUGCCUUUACGGCAAUAUUCAGUGUUUGCUUGAGCUUGGUGACGGAGGCAAAGCGGGUGGAGAAUUUUGCGGCAACUGCUGCGUUUGCGAGUGUUCAGGUUGUGUUUGUGGGGAGUACGAACGUGAUGAUGAGGUGA